GGCACCAUGCGCCCAGGGUGCCUCCCGCGGCGGCUGCUGCUCGGGCUCUUUGUCCUGCUGGUCCCCGCCGCUUCCCAGGAACCGGAGAACCUGAGCGCUGAGGUCAGCCUCCUGGCGCUGAUCGGAGACCCCCCGCCGGAGGAGAUCCUCAAAAUUUAUGGUCCCGACAACAACCCCGGCUACGUCUUCGGCCCCAAUGCCAACACAGGCCAGGUGGCCCGGUACCACCUGCCAAGCCCGUUCUACCGGGACUUUUCCCUCCUAUUCCACAUCCAGCCCACCACCCCCCGGGCCGGUGUGCUCUUUGCUGUCACGGACUCCUCACAGAGCAUCAUCUAUGUGGGCGUCAAGCUCUCGGAGCUGCGGGCGGGCAAGCAGCAGAUCAUCUUCUACUACACAGAGCCGGGCUCACCAAGCUCAUAUGCAGCAGCGACCUUCACUGUGCCCACCUUGCUCAACCAGUGGACGCGUUUCGCCAUCAGCGUGGAGGAGGACGAAGUUGUUCUCUACCUGGACUGUGAGGAGCACGAGCGGGUCCGCUUUGAGCGUUCCCCGGAUGAAAUGGAGCUGGAAGAUGGCUCCGGGCUCUUUGUUGCUCAGGCUGGAGGAGCUGACCCAGAUAAAUACCAGGGGGUGAUUGCUGACUUGAAGCUGCAAGGGGACCCACGGGCAGCCGAGCGCCAGUGUGAGGAAGAGGAGGACGACACUGAAGGGGUCUCUGGUGAUUUUGGCAGCGGGGCAGAAGGUGGACACCAACCCUCAGGGAAAGACAGGGGUGUCCCGGGGCUGGUGGAUGCUGUCCCUGUCACCUCUCCCCCGGUGGCAGCGGGCAGCGGGCCGAGGAGCAGCGGGGGCUCCUCGCAGCACGCUGAGAGGACCAGAGCAGAGGAGACACUGCGGCUCUCUGCCGGAGGCACUGGCCCCAAAGGUGAAAAAGGGGAAAAGGGCGAACGGGGCCUGAAAGGGGACUCGGGGACCGGCAGCAUCAUGGGGACGGGCAGUGUCAAGGGUGAAAAGGGGGAGAAAGGAGAACUGGGCGUUAAGGGCAGUGCCGGAUUUGGCUACCCCGGCUCCAAGGGCCAGAAAGGGGAACCCGGCGACCCCGGUCCUCCUGGGACCCUCUCACGGCACGCUGAUGGUUCGGUGGUGGAGCAGGUUACUGGUCCCCCGGGGCUGCCGGGGAAGGAUGGACCCCCUGGCAGGGACGGCGAGCCCGGAGAUCCUGGCGAGGACGGCAAACCUGGCGAUAUGGGGCCCCAAGGGUUCCCUGGGAUGCCGGGGGAGCCUGGUCUGAAGGGGGAGAAGGGUGACCCAGGCAUGGGGCCGAGGGGACCUCCUGGACCACCCGGUCCCCCGGGACCACCAGGACCCUCCUCCAGGCAUGACAAACUGACCUUCAUCGACAUGGAGGGCUCCGGCUUUGGUGGUGACUUAGAGAGCCUGCGGGGUCCGCGAGGGCCACCUGGUCCCCCAGGGCCACCCGGCGUGCCCGGUUUGCCAGGGGAGCCGGGACGGUUUGGGAUGAACCGCACGGACCUGCCAGGACCGCCGGGGCUGCCGGGCAGAGAUGGGACCCCCGGGCCCCCAGGGCCAGCGGGUCCUCAGGGUCCUCCUGGAAGUGACGGGGCAGCUGGGCAGCCGGGGCCCAAAGGAGAGCAGGGUGACGUGGGUGACCUCGGCCUUCCCGGCGCACCAGGACCCAAGGGCAGCAAGGGAGAAACAGGACCAGCAGGAGCCCCGGGAGAAAUGGGCUUAGCUGGCCUUCCCGGGCCCAUUGGACCCCGAGGGCAGCCAGGACCCCCCGGUCCCCCAGGACCACCGGGGCCGGGCUACGAGGCUGGAUUUAGCGACAUGGAGGGCUCGGGGCUGCCGUUCGCUGCUGGCUCCCCUGGACCACCCGGACCCGAAGGACCACAGGGGGUGCCAGGAGUGCCAGGGGUGAAGGGGGAGGUUGGCAGCCCUGGGCAGCCCGGCUUGCCGGGACCAAAGGGAGAUGCUGGUGUGCCUGGUGUGGAUGGCCGCCCUGGCCUGGAGGGCUUCCCUGGACCGCAGGGACCCAAAGGCGACAGAGGCAGCCCUGGCGAGAAGGGUGAGCGAGGCCAAGACGGUGUGGGGCUGCCCGGCCCCCCCGGUCCACCUGGUCCCCCUGGACAGGUCAUCGCUGUCUCGAACGAAGAUAAGUCUUUGGCGGCUUUGCCUGGUCCAGAGGGCAGACAGGGUCACGCCGGCUUCCCGGGCCCGGUGGGACCGAAAGGAGAUCGGGGGUCAUCUGGUCCCCAGGGCUCCCCGGGGUUGAAGGGGGAGAAGGGGGAGCCCGGUGUCAUCAUCAGCCCUGAUGGGACCGUGGUUACUGCGAAGGCGAAAGGAGAAAAGGGGGAGCCAGGGCUGCGGGGACCAACGGGACCCUCGGGUCCCCAGGGCCGAGCAGGGAUGAAGGGAGAGAUCGGCUUUCCGGGCAGACCUGGACGUCCCGGCAUGAAUGGGCUGAAGGGCGAGAAGGGUGACCCUGCGGAUGUCAGUAGCGUGCUGGGCUUGCGGGGUCCCCCGGGACCCCCAGGUCCCCCAGGGCCCCCUGGGCCUCCUGGCAGCAUAGUCUAUGACAGCAGCAAUGCCUUCAGCGAUUCUGGCCAUCCUGCCCUGCCAGCCUUCCCUGGCUUCCACCAGUUUCCAGGACAAAAGGGAGAGAAAGGCGAUGCUGGAGCCCCGGGACCCCCAGGCCACUUCCCCUACGACCCGAGUCACUUUGGUGCCAACCUGCGGGGUGACAAGGGAGAUGCAGGUCCCAAGGGUGAGAAGGGCGAGCCGGGCAGCACCCCGCUCUACGGUCCCAGUGUCUCCGGGCUGCCAGGGCCUCCGGGACCCCAGGGCUACCCCGGGCUGCCAGGUCCCAAAGGGGACAGUAUCACUGGGCCACCAGGGCCUCCCGGACCUCAGGGCCCCCCUGGUAUCGGAUACGAGGGGCGGCAAGGCCCCCCUGGCCCUCCCGGCCCCCCUGGUCCACCGUCCUUCCCAGGUCCCCACAGACAAGCUAUCAGCAUCCCUGGCCCCCCCGGACCACCGGGACCCCCCGGACCACCAGGCACCAGUGGGAUAUCUUUGGGGCUGCGUGCCCUGCCGACCUACCAGGCGAUGCUGAGCACCGCGCACGAGCUGCCCGAGGGCGGCCUCGUCUUCUUAACCGACCGGCAAGAGCUCUACGUCCGCCUGCGUGGGGGCUUCCGCCGGGUGCUGCUGGAGGAGCACACCCUGAUCCCCAGCUCAGCUCUGGACAACGAGGUGUACGACAAGCCCCCCAGUGUCCACUAUGCUGGCCCCCAGUCCCCCCUCCAGCCCCAUGGACCCCUGCACCCCCUCCGCAACCAGGGCCCCCCUCCCACCGCCCGAUCCUGGCGCGGGGACGAGGUGGUGGCCAACCAGCACCGCCUGCCCGAGCAACCCCUGCUCCACCACCAGCACGAACUCCUCAACAGCUACUACAUCCACCGCCGGCCGGAUCCGGCCCCUGUGGCUGCCCACGUGCACCAGGACUUCCAGCCUGCCCUUCACCUGGUGGCCCUGAACACCCCGCUGAGCGGCGGCAUGCGCGGCAUCCGGGGCGCUGACUUCCAGUGCUUCCAGCAAGCCCGGCAGGUCGGGCUGGCUGGCACCUUCCGUGCCUUCCUCUCCUCCCGCCUGCAGGACCUCUACAGCAUCGUGCGCCGGGCCGACCGCACGGCCGUGCCCAUCGUCAACCUCCGGGAUGAAGUGCUUUUCAGUAACUGGGAAGCCCUUUUCACGGGCAGUGGGGCCCCGCUGCGAGCUGGCGCCCGCAUCCUCUCCUUCGAUGGCCGGGAUGUUCUGCAGGAUGCGGGAUGGCCACAGAAGAGCAUCUGGCACGGCUCAGAUGCCAAGGGCCGGCGCUUGCCUGAGAGCUACUGCGAGACGUGGCGGACGGAGGAGCGCGCUGCCACCGGCCAGGCUUCCUCGCUGGGCUCCGGCAAGCUGCUGGAGCAGGUGGCCAGCAGCUGCCAGCACACCUUCGUUGUCCUCUGCAUCGAGAACAGCUUCAUGACCGCCGCCAAAAAGUGACAC